CAACCCGGAAGUGAGAUCCUCGACCGGAAGAUGGUUUCUUCCCCAGCGUAGUCAGAUAAACACAAAGAAAUUAGUGAUAAAUACAUAAUGUCAAAGCGACAAGAUGAAAUAUCUUGUGUUUGAGUGUCUGGCUGCUGCUGAUAAUUAAGAAAUUGCCCCUGAAUGCGAACAGGAUGGAAAACAGCGUAACGUCACCCGACGCAGGCUCCUACACGGAUAAUCUCAUUGGGACUUUACUUGCCAUUUUUGGAAAUGUGCUUGUCAGUAUCUCCUUAAGUAUUCAGAAAUACAGUCACGUGACAUUAGCAGGAACCAAGGACCUGCGUGCCUUCUACCGUACUAAAACUUGGUGGUGCGGUUUUGUGCUGACCUGUCUUGGGGAGGGAGCUAACUUUGUUUCUUAUGCCUUCGCCCCCCUGGCGCUCGUAGCACCUCUAAAUGCUGUGUCUGUCCUUACAAGCUCAAUUCUGGGCCUUACUUUUGUGCGUGAGAAAUCUAAGCUGAAGGACUUUGCAAAGCGCUAUGGACUGUCCUUCCUGGGCUGUAUCCUCACCAUAGGAGGAACAUACCUUUUUGUAGCAUUUGGACCAAACUCUCAUGAAAAACUCCAAGCGGAGAACAUUGUGAAGCACAUUGUAGGAUGGCCUGUUCUCUUGUAUCUGCUCCUGGAGAUCAUCACGUUCUGCCUGCUUUUAUACUUCUACAAACAGUGCCGUGCUAACUACCUCGUUAUUAUUCUGUUGCUGGUCGCUCUACUGGGCUCUGUCACAGUCAUUACAGUGAAGGCGGUGUCAGGCAUGUUGGUUCUCACUAUCGAGGGCAUCAUGCAGCUUGACCACCCGAUCUUCAGUGUCAUGUUCGUGUGCAUGGUGGCUUCAGUGGUCUUCCAGGCCAGAUUUCUCUCCCAAGCCUGUAUGCUGUAUGACUCCUCUCUGAUUGCCAGCGUCAACUACAUCCUGUCCACCCUUUUUGCCAUGGUAGCUGGAGCUGUGUUUUACUUGGAGUUUAAUAAUGGAGACGUCCUUCACAUCUGCAUGUUUUUGUUGGGAUCUGCAUGCUGUUUCCUGGGGGUUUUUCUCCUCACCAAAAACAGGAGAAGGACCAGGAUCUUUGAGCCAUAUGUCACUAUGGAUAUGACCAAUGGUGUCCCAACUAUUCAUGACAAAGGCCUGGUUGUUCAGCCGGACUUCAGUGGUUCUUUCUCCUAUGGAGCUCUGGUUAACAACGAUGGAGUGGCUCCUGCUACUCUACCAACCAACCUGGAACAACCACCAGUCUACUCAAAAUCCAUUGAUGCAUCUCAUGACCUGCCUGACCUAAAGAAAGAUUAAAACUAAGUAUUUCUAAUGUUUUUUUAUAAGGACCUUGAAAGGAGAAGAUUGGUAUGUUAAGUUCUUUUCACAUAUACACAAGACCAACCUCCCAGCCAGAUAGAAGGAGUCCACUGGGUGUUUUUGGAUUUUCUCUCGGUUUGCCUUACACUCCUCCCAACAGGCUGUCCUUUCUGAAAUCUUUAAAUCAAAACUUAACCUUGAGAAGCAUUCCUGUUUUUCUUUUCUUUUUUUGAGAAGAUGUCAGUUGUAUUCAUUCCAAAAAUGAAACCUGAAGCCGUUGUUGUUGUGUGUUGUGUCUUGGAUUCACAAACAUGGCCUCAGAAAUGUGACAUCAGAGACGGUGUUGUGCCUUGAAGCUUACUGCUUGUACUCCGUGUUAGCGUUGAGAUGUAAGGACUCACUUUCAUGACUGUUAAGCAAUUUUGUUCUCAUUCGCCUAAGAAUAGGGAACAUACAGCGAUCUGUUCUUCCAUCAAGUUACUCCUCAAAUCCAGGUUGUUACCAACAAUGUUAUAUAAUGUAGUUUUUUCAGAAGUCUUGCCAAUGAACAUUUUGACUUUGAAUAUCUCUCUAAUAUGAGCGGGUUUCACCCCUCAAUUGUCUGCCUCUUGUUUGUGGAAUUUCUGUGUAUUACUGCUUUUCCUGAUGUGACCAAACAAUGGGUUCGAUUGUUCUAAUUUAUUGUAACGUAUUUAUUACUUUUCAAGUUUGCUUUUAGUAUGCCUUAUAAUGUACCUGUACACUGGAUAAACUACUGUAAUGCGGUCCUAACCCAGUGAGGUGAGCAUCACUGUAGCAGUUCAGUUAAGAAGGUGUUAACUCUUUGGAUGACUCAGAGGGAAAGAAAUUAAAUUACCCUUGCAUCUUGAAGUAACUGAUAAACUGUGUAAUAUGUACUAUAAGUUUAAAAAGGUAAUCUACUGUAGAAAGUCUUAAUUUUGAUUUUGGCUAAAAUAAUUUAAAAUUAAUUUACUAUUUAAUUUAAUGAACUAUUCAUUUUACUUUAACUUGAUGCCUUGAAGUUUGUCAUGACAUGAAAUAAAACUGAGUAUGCAGUCAAUGUUGCUAAAUUACUGAAUUUUUAAUUAUUAAAUUAUUGUUUAUGUUUUAACAAGCUGAAAGACAAUACAGCAAUAAGCGAAAUUAAGCGAUCUAUGAUUAAAUACUCCAUAAUGAAUGAAUGGCUGGUAUGGCCUGUGUUUUGUUGCGUGUGUAUAAGCUCAACAUUAGCAUCACUGUGUAAACCCACUGAAGCCUGUAUCAUUAUUAAGACUGCCUUCUGAUAAAACCAGAACAGCUUUUAGAACGGUUCACUGUAACAGUGAGACUUUUUCCAUUGUAAAUUAUAUGCAACCUUGUGUCAUAAAGUUAAUGUAACCUA